AUGACAUCUAGGGAGGAGAAGAAUGAAGAAGUGGGCGAGAGAGAGCAAGGAGCUCAUUAUCGGGGUGUUAGGCGGCGUCCAUGGGGGAAAUAUGCGGCUGAGAUUCGAGAUUCUAAUCGACACGGGGCGAGAGUGUGGCUUGGGACCUUCGACACCGCGGAGGAGGCAGCCCGAGCCUAUGAUCGCGCCGCUUAUGCAAUGAGGGGUUCCUUAGCAAUUCUCAACUUCCCUCGAGAGAUUCAUGCAAGACCACCCACUGGAUCCUCCUCUUCAUCUUCUACCUCACACUCUGGUUCUUCUUCUUCUUCAGUUGGUGGAAAUCCUACCAGUUCUACCAAGAAAGAGGUUAUAGAGUUCGAGUAUUUGGAUGAUAGUUACCUCGAGGAGCUUCUUCGAUCUGGUGAGGAGAAGGAUCGCAGAGGGAAAUAAAUCUUUUCCUGAAGAAUGCUAAUAGAAAUGGCCAAACAUGUGGUCUUCAUGUUUUUAUUAAUAGACAGUUAUAACACCUUGUUAUA